AUGGCAAUUCUAACUGUCGGGAAAGCCACAGCUUUGAAAUUCACGAUACUUCUUUUUUGUAUUGCCUUUGUAAAAUGCAUCGAUAAUUUUAAAACCAGAUCAUCUAUCGCCGACAAUGCUGACCGUUGGAAGGCAAAUGAGGAUCGGUCCUCUGGGUCGAGUUUGUGGACGCCUGAAUUCUAUGAGGGACCCGACGCAUACAAAAAAGAUUUCAUAACAUCUAAUUAUGAUGAGAAAUACUCGAGCAACAUUCCUUUUUAUCCGAGUAAAACACGUAACGGUUUCUCUCCAUUCAGCGGUGGAAGCAUUUAUUCAUCGGGUGGAUUAUACGAUCGAAGACCUACCUAUCCUGCACGUCCAAUCGAUUAUGGUGUUCAUGAUUACGAAAGUUCAUAUGAUUACGGACAUGGAUAUGGGUUGAACCAUCCAUAUGGAUCCAAGGACAUAACGAAAUCAGUGUGGAUUCCAUUGGCUGGGGCGGCUUUGUUGGGGAUUGCUGCUGCACUGGUUGCUAAUCCUGUGCUACUACAUUUAGGAGUAAGUGCUGGAAAACGGAAACGUCGAGAAGCUACGUUGAAUGCACAUGAUUUAGCAUAUCGGGAACGUCAUCGGGCUCGGGCUCAAACGUGGAAGAGUGGCAGUAAUUUGAAUAAAAAUUUACCGAAAUAA